CAUCUGCUCCAGUCAAAACUAGCUCUUAGCCACCAUGCGCGUUCCGGCGAGAGUCCUGCACCGCGCGGCCGCCCUCGCCCCCUCCAGCAUGGGAGGGACGUCGUCGUCGUCGCCUGCCUCACCACAGCAACCGCCGGAGCAGGCGGCGCCGAUGGCGGUGGACUCGGACAUGGCGGUCAUCCUGGCGUCAAUGCUGUGCGCGCUCAUUUGCGUCCUCGGACUCGCACUCGCGUCCCGGUGCGCAUGCCGACGCCGACGCUCCAGCUCCACUUCCUCCUUCAACCCACCCCUGAAGGGCCUCAAGAAGAAGGCAAUCGACGCGCUCCCCACCGUCUCCUUCGCCGCAGCCGCUUCACCACAGCUGGCAGCAACGGAGUGCGCGAUAUGCCUUGCCGAGUUCGCGGACGGGGAGAGCAUGCGUGUUCUCCCGCGUUGUGGUCAUGCCUUCCACGUGCUCUGCAUCGACGCUUGGCUCCGGACAUGCGCCACCUGCCCCUCUUGCCGUGCCUCCAUGGUUGCUGCUCCAGCUGCUGCACCCACGGUGGUGGUCGUAGUGGCAGGAAACAACAGGUGCGGGAGGUGCGGCGAGGCGGCGGCGCCGGUUGGUGGUGGGGAGAGCACGUUCUUGCCUUAAUCAGUUUUUUUAUUCUUCGUCUGUUCUCUUUUCCUCCUGUUUGCUAGUUACGCUAUGUAAUUAAUUGAACUUUUCUUAGUUAGUCGAGUAUUUAUCAUCAGCUAGUAAUUAAUUACUCCUACAUGAGUUGUACUCCCUCUGUAAAUUAAUAUAAGAGCGUUUAGAUCACUAAAGUAGUGAUCUAAAUGCUCUUAUAUUAGUUUACGGAGGGAGUACUUAGUUAAGUAGAGUUGUAGCACUAUUGUUCUUGUGCUUCAUUUUCUUCAACUUCCACUACUUUGUUUGGUAAUUGGGUCGCUCUAUGUCGACCCAGCUAGUUUAGUAGCUUUGUUGUAAAGUGAAUAAUAUAUGAUACAACCACGUACGGUGAACUAAAGUGUGAACUACAUGUAGUUUUCCUUUCUGCGACAUCAAAUCUCUUCUUUGUAAUUAUGCUUGAACAAAUUAUUGGGCAUAAAUAGAGUGCCACAAUAGCUUUUAAUAUGUUAUGUGUGAGUGGCAGCAAUCU